AUGAAAGUCGCAAUCCCCCGGCAACGUUUCAUUGUCGCACCGCCGUCCAACAAACGAGUCUCGCGAGCGCAGAUCGAAAGUUUUCAUCAACAGGUGCAGGACUACGAGUCUAUGUUGAAAGACAUAGGGAAUCUAGUCGACGGCCAGUCUGCGAAGCGCAUUAAAGAUCUACUCCAGAAGUAUAACGUCGAUUCAGACUAUGGGUCAAAUUCAACGCCCGAUGCGUCCCAGUAUCAGAAUGGGUCCAAGCGAUCCCCUUCACCUUCUUCCGUUGGGUCACUAGAAGCGGUGGACCGAGUCGAGGAAGACCUCAAUUUAACGGAAAGCUCCCGGGCGACUGGAUAUAUGGGCAAGAGUUCAGAAAUAACGUGGAUGGGCCGUGUGCAGGAAGAGACAGAGCAGCGCAGUCGCGGUCAAUCACCAAAGGCAACGUCGGAAGAUCAUACCGGUGACAAAGUUGCUCCAUCCAUGGUCAACUAUCAUAUUGAUGAUAUUGGUGUUGAUGCACCCGGGCCGGUACAAAUGUACUGGGUUCCACCUCGGCAAGUGGCAGAUCACCUGUUUGAGACAUAUCUGCGCGCUGUUCACCCGCAUUUCCCUAUCAUCAACAGCACUCUGUUUUCCACCCAAUAUAGGGACUUCUUCGAUGAUAGAUCUUAUGCGGGUGAUAAAUGGCUGGCGAUAUUGAACAUGAUAUUCGCCAUUGCGGCAGAAUAUUUGUAUAACAGUGAUGGGGCACAGCGGGGGGAUAUCAAAGACCAUCUCUUCUACUUAACACGAGCCAGGAUGCUAAGUAUGGGCGGUGAUAGUCUAUUCGAACAUCCGGACCUUCAACAAGUGCAAAUAGAGGGACUGAUUGCAUUUCACAUGCUCUCUACAAACCAGGUUAAUAGGGCGUGGAAAAUCUCGGCUUUAGCAAUUCGAUCCGCCACCUCCCUUGGCAUUAACCUGAAGAGCAGCUGCCAUAAGAUGUUAGGCGUGUCGAAGGAGAUAGGCUGCCGAAUCUGGUGGUGUCUCUACACCGUCGAACACACGCUAGGCUCGAUGACUGGUCGCGCAACCUCCAUUUCGACCAGUAUGUAUACCACCCAACUACCACUUCCUUUCAACGAGGAUCAUUUGUCAGAGCCAACAGCUACAAUGCUUCUCGGGAACCUGGAUGAAAGAGACAAACGCGUGGACAUGGCCAUGACUAGCCCGCACAUUCGCCAUCCCGACCUUCAUCAGAGUGAAGAUACACUAGCUGCGCGCUCGUGGCUUCAAAGCCUGCCAGUCAAUCCCAGUCUUUACUUCCUAUACUACUGUGAUCUCGCAGUCGUGAACCAAGAAAUCCUAGACCACGUCUACUCACCAGAUAGUGCAACGGUAUCAUGGGAAGAUAUGAAGAGCAGGACCAGCCGACUGAAGACAACAGUGGACGCAUGGGUAUCGUCUCUUCCUUCUGGGCUGGACUUCACUUCUGUGAAAGACGAAAAUCAACAAUCCUACUGGGCGAAGACGAACUUGGCAUUUCACUAUUAUAAUACCCGAAUCAUGCUUGGUCGGCCGUCUCUCUGCCGACACAGUCGGGCCGACAGAGAACGGAAGAGUGUUGACCAGCGGGGAUUUAGUCAUGAAAUGGCUGUGAUGACCCUGGAAUCCGCCAUGCAGAUGCUCGAUUUGUUGCCCGACGAGCCGAACAUGGGCCAUCUAUAUCGGUUUUGCCCAUGGUGGUGUUUCCUACACUAUAUCAUGAAGACAGCAACGGUAAUCAUACUGGAGCUGUCAUUUCACUGUGCGCAUACGCCAGACCGAGAAAGUGAUUUGGUUGAGUCGGCGAAGAAAUCUGUCCGAUGGCUUCACAUGAUGUCCAUGCAUUGCAUCGCGUCGCGUCGUGCAUGGCAACUUUGUGAAAGUGCAGUUCGCCGACUGGUGUCUAGCAUGGGAUACGACGACAGUGACAUACCACCCCCUCCAAAGAGGCGGCGCGGCGACCAGUUUGGUGAGAAUGGCGAUGCUGUACCGCCUGCACAGCACGAUGGAACAGCUGGUGGUGGGCAGGUCUUACCUUACAACGGCCAAGGUCAAUCAUCAGUUCUUCCCCAUGAAAGUCAUGCCAUGGACCAUUCCAAUAACAACCCGGACCUCACGGGUUCUUUAGCGUUUGGAUUUUUAGCGGCGCCAAGUUCCCAAGACCGCACUGCAGGCGAUGCACAUUUCCCUUAUGACCCCAUUAGCGAAGAGUUCCUUCGUUAUUUCUUCCCUUCCCUGGACGGAGGGCAAAACCCGAGCGGAGAAAAGAAUUCAUUCUGA